CCCCAAACCCCCCAGCAGUGACCCCCUCUCCCAGUGCCCCCACAGACCCCCCUUUCCCCUUCCCACCUUCCCUGCUGUUGCUCAGGUAGGGUCUGACCCCAGCCCAGCCGGGACAGGAACACCCCCUGGGGCUGGGGGUGGUGCUGGGGACACUUUGGGGGGGCCUGGGGACACCCCCGGGGCUGUGCCCCGCCCCCCUUCCCAGGACCAGGCACCAGGGGGUUGCAGCAAAAGCGGCUUUGGCAGCCAAAAUCCCUCUUAAGGCUUUAAUCACAGUGAGAAAGUGGUGGAGGGGGGGCGAGGGGGGCACCCUGUCCCCCCCUCCCUGUCCCCAACCUUGUGGGGUUGCAGGGACAACUGCAGCCAGGCUGGAAAUUUAAGCCAAAUCCCUAAACCUGGCUUAAAAUUCAAUGGGAUUUAGGGGAGAAAGAAAAAAAGGGUGAGGGGAGGGGGGAGGCAGUGGGGCCGGAGGGUUUCGGGGGCCCAUCCCGCACCCCCCCUGUGUGGGGGGCCCAGGUGUGAGUCAGGGGGCGAAGGUCGGUGUGGCCGUGUUUGCACACCCGGCACGGAAGUGGCACCAUCCCCGCGUGUCCCCGUGUCCCGCCCGGCGGUGCCUCCCGGCUGGAGCAGCCCCCAGCGUGCUGUGAUGGCACCGGACGCCUGAGCCCCUCCGGCGAGGACGAGCCAUGGAGACCGUUGUCAUCGUGGCCAUCGGGGUGCUGGCCACCAUCUUCCUGGCGUCCUUUGUGGCGCUGGUGGUGGUGUGCAGGCAGCGCUACUGUCACCCCAAGGACCUGCGCCACCACUACGACACCAAACCCAUCGUGGACCUGAUGGGGACCACAGAGACGCCGUCAGAGCCCUCGGAGCUGGAGCUGGACGACGUGGUCAUCACCAACCCCCACAUAGAGGCCAUCCUGGAGAACGAGGACUGGGUCGAGGAUGCCUCGGGUCUGGUGUCCCACUGCAUUGCCAUCCUGAAGAUCUGUCACACACUGACGGAGAAGUUGGUGGCCAUGACCAUGGGCUCAGGCGCACGCGUGAAGUCCCCAGCCAGCCUGGGUGACAUCAUCGUGGUGGCCAAGCGCAUCAGCCCCAGAGUGGACGACGUGGUGAGAUCCAUGUACCCCCCGCUGGACCCCAAACUGCUGGACGCGAGGGCCGCGGCGCUGCUGCUGUCGGUCAGUCACCUGGUGCUGGUGACCCGCAGCGCCUGUCGCCAGCCGGCCGCUCGCCACUGGGUCGAGCGGUCACUGGCGGCCGCCGAGGAGCACAUGGCCGUGCUGCGCCAGGCCGCCAUGGCCACCGAGCCCGAGCGGCCACCGGCCCCCGGCGAGCCCCCCCGCCAGGAGCAGUCGGCCAUCUGACCCCAAUAAAGGCCCCGUGUGCCCCCAGCCCCGCACGGGCGGCUCUGGGAUGGGCUGGUG